CCCCGUUGUCCGGUGUCUGGAUGUUCGGGUCCGGGGCAACCAUGGUAAGGAAGAGCUGCAGUGAGCGGGUAACAGAGCUAAGUGCAGAGAAAGCAAGACUGGAAGAAAAAGUCAAGCUGCUGCAGGCUGAUGUGGGCGACAGGGAGGCGAAACUUGGUGAGGUGCAGUCUGCUUCUCGUGCUGAUGUUGAAGAGAGGGAGGCAGCUUUUGAGGAACUAAAAGCACAGCUCAGUGAUGUGGAACGGGCACAGGAGAAGGAGAAGGAGAAAUGGCAGGUGGUGGUUGCAAAAUUGAAGAAGAAGAUCGAUGGAGCUGAAAAGCUGCGCAAACAACAGGAGAUCACAUUGAACGAUGCACGAGUAGGGACUCGGGGUGGUACUUCCACCCAACCUUACACGAAGGAGGAGGAGGAGAAGAUGGYCGYCGUCCUGAGGGRAAGAAAGGAGAAGAAAGAGGCCAAGAAGAAGGCCCUACAGGAGGAGCAGGCGGCCAAGCUGAAGAAGAUAGAGGAAGAGAUGGCCAGGGAGAAGGAGAGAAUAAAGAAAGAAGAAGAGGAGAAGAUGAAAGAGGUGGAAGAGGAAGAAGAGGAAGAUGAAACGCCACUGCAAAGGAAGAGGGGGCAGCACGGUGGCAGCAAAGACGAAGAGAUGGAGAAACGGAUUUCGGAGUGGGUCGCCAACUUAUCCCUGGGCGAAGACGAAGAGGUAACCAUGUAUAUCCCCAAGGAUGAGCAGGAAGCCGCUAUGAAGAAAUGGGAAGAAGAAGAAGAUGUUCUGAAGCGACAGGCGAUGGAAAUGAGGAUGGUGUGGAAACUCGCAAUGAUGAGGGAGAAGAAAAGAAGAGUGGAGGCGGCAAGUGAGGCGGUUAAAGAGCUGGAGGAGGUGCAAAAACUAACUCUACGAUUGACCCCCCAGGUAGACCUCCAACAAAAGGUGGAUAUCAUUGCCCAGAGCGUCGAGCAUUUAGCGAGAGUACAAGAACAACAAUACGAGUUUAGCCGAAGUCAGGACAUAGCUGUGCGUUCGAUGCGGAUGGGGUUCCGGGAAUUUGCCCGCGAAUUGGUAGGAGCUGUAGGAGUCGAGGUGAAUCAUCGCCUCGAGAAGACUGAGCGUUUUUGUGUUGGCGCCAUCGAAGGCGUCAAGGUGGCAGCUCCCAAGGAGGGCGAGCCGCGUCCUCGUAGGGAGCCAGUCAAAGUUAAGUUCCCUGAUUCCUACACUGGAAAGAGGGAAGAAAACUUUGACAAUUGGGAGGCCAAUGUCAAGACCUAUGUGCACCUGCAACAGGUCUCCCCGGAUCAGCAUGUCUUGAUUGCGAUCCAUGCGCUCAGAGACGAAGCUGCCAGCUUUGCAAGGUCCCUAGUUCACGCCGCCAACUGCAAUGAUGAUGCAGUUGCCUAUUCGUCAUUCACUCCCUUCGCUGAGUUCAUGAAAUUGCUGCGCGAGCGAUUUGCAGAUGUUGCUCGCAGUGUCAAGGCCUCAGAUAAGCUCCAGACGAUGCAUGCUCGUAAGUGGAAGAGUGCCAGGGCACUCAAGAGCACAAUGGACGAACUAGUAGUUGUCCCUUACCACGGGGUUACAGAGAUCCAGUUGGUUGCGCUCUUUUACAGAGCUAUGCCCGAAGCUUUUCGCGGGCACUUCUUCGCGAAGAGCGAAGACCCUGCCACCACUUACGAUUCUCUUAGCCGUGAAGUGGUGGCCUUUGAGGCAAAGUCUGUGUCAGUCUCCACCUUCUGGCACAAAGAUUUGGACAAGGGAAAGCAAUGGAAGGGCCGCACUAUCUCUAGGCAAGUGAAGACUAAGGAUAGUCUUGCGUACUUCCGCCUAGAGAAAGAUGGGAAAGUGGAGAAGGUCCUCCACUCCCUGACUCUCCUCGUAGAAGACAGCCUCCCAUUUGAUAUUGUUCUGUGGAUGGAUUGGGGAGAGGCAGCCGGGGCCACGCUCCAUUUGAAGGAGCACGAGUGUAGGCUCCCUGGUUCUUCAGGUGAGGCCAAGACUGCCCGCUUGUUCCAUGUGUCAGGAGUAGAGAAUCCCUUGGCACAUUGCUGCCUUAGUGCUCCUGCGUUCGCGAGAUUAGUGAAGAAGGAAAAAUUGGAGCAACAGGUUUUUGUUGCCUAUGUUAGGCCAGCGACUGAGCCUACGGAAGAAAAGUCGAUGGACCCUGCGAUUGCGAAGCUGCUGGAAAAGUUCCAGGACCUAACUGAGCCGCCGAUAGGAGUGGUACCGCGGCCCAUCCAGCACCACAUUGAGAUAGAGCCUGGCAGUAGAAGUCCUAAGGGCACUGUGUAUAGGAUGUCCCCACGGGAGUUAGAGGAGCUUCGCAAGCAAUUAGACGAGCUCCUCGAGAAGGGUUGGAUUAGGCCUAGUUCGUCUCCUUUUGGAGCGCCUGUUCUCUUUGUUCCUAAGAAAGAGGGAGAGUUGAGGAUGUGCAUAAACUAUAGGGGUCUGAAUGCUAUUACAGUGAAGAAUGUUGAGCCACUGCCUAGGAUAGACGAUCUCUUAGAUCGAGUGCAGGGGGCGAAGUAUUUCUCCAAGAUAGAUUUGAAGUCCGGAUAUCAUCAGAUAGACGUGCAUCCUGAUGAUCAGUAUAAGACAACCUUCUUGACUAGGUAUGGGCACUAUGAGUUCAUAGUGAUGCCCUUUGGACCAACCAGUGUGCCAACUACGUUCCUGCGCUGCAUGAACGAUUUGUUUAGACCAUGGUUAGAUAGAUUUGUUGUUGUCUACUUAGAUGAUAUUCUAGUGUUUAGUAAGGCCCUCCAAGAACACCAGGGUCAUCUCAUGCAGGUCUUGGAGAAGCUGAGGGAAGCUAACUUCAAGAUCAAUGCAAAGAAGUGCGAUUGGGCAAAGACCCAAGUUUUAUACCUAGGCCACGUCGUAGACGGAGACGGCGUUAAACCAGAAGAUUGUAAAAUCGCAGCGAUUAGAGAUUGGCCCACGCCACGUACGCUAACAGAGUUGCGCUCGUUCCUGGGCUUAGCUAAUUACUACAGGAAGUUCGUGAGGAACUUCUCCACCAUCGCUGCGCCCCUUCGCAGAUUGUUGAGGAAAGAGACCAUCUGGAAGUGGGACAAGGACUGCACGUCUGCCAUGAAGAGGUUAAAGCAGGCGUUAAUAGAGUACCCGAUCCUUAAGGUUGCCGAUCCGUCCUUGCCCUUUGUCGUCCCUACGGAUGCUAGCCAAUACGGCAUAGGCGUGGUGUUGCAGCAAGACGAUGGGAACGGUUAUAGACCCGCCAAGAUGACACCUAAGCUUACUAGGUGGGCCGCAGAGAUAGAUCAGUACGACUUUGAGCUCAAGCCAGUCAAGGGGAAGUAUAACGUAGUUGCAGAUGCUCUGAGUAGGAGAGCUGAUUACUUCGGGGCAAUAGUGCAUUACUUAGACAUAGGAAAGGACCUUCAGCAGAAGAUUAGAGAAGCCUAUGCACAAGACCCUAUCUAUAGUGACCUCCUCAAGAAGGUCAAGGAGGCCCCACAGACUGAGCCAAACUACCGCACUACGGAAGGGUUGCUUUUUGAGAAGACUAAUGUAUUUGACCGCCUGUGCAUUCCCGAUAGUGAAGAGAUCCGUAGUCUGAUUUUGGGAGAAUGCCACGACACAGAGGGUCAUUUCGGUUGGCAGAAGACUUUAGCCAAUCUGAUGCGCGCAUAUACCUGGCCAGGAAUGAAGAAUGACUGCGUGGAGUAUGUUCGCAGCUGUAAAGUCUGCCAGCGUAACAAGACUUCUACGCGUGCCCCGUUAGGUCUCCUCAGACCCUUGCCCAUUCCGGAUCAGCCGGGAGACUCAGUGUCCAUAGACUUCAUGGACACUCAGGUCAAGAGCAGGCAUGGCAAGAGCCAAGUCAUGGUCAUAGUUGACCGUUUUAGUAAGUACGCAGUUUUUGUUCCUUUGCCUUCAGAGGCACGUACUGAUUUAGUCAUACAGAAGUCUUUUGACUGUUGGUUGGCCAUGUUGAAGAAGGAUAAUGCCUCGUACAAGCUGAGGGCACAGGCCCUGCUUAAGAAGAAGGACGAUGAGCUCAAGCUGGCCAAGAGCUCCGACCGGAUUACGGCUGCUGAGGAAGCCUCCAAGGCUGCUAAACAGGAGGCAGCGUCGGCACUGCUGGAAAUGGACGCGGCCGUCAAAGCAUAUAAGACGUUGAUUGUGGAGCGGGAUGAGCAGAUGUCAAUGUGGAAUUUGGAGAAAGCAAAAUGGGAGCUACAAGUGAAGGAGUAUGUGAUGAAGGUGGAGGCGUGUAAAACGCAGAUGAGGGUGCAGGCGGAGGAAUGGCAGUCGCGUGUUGACGAGGUCGAGAACUACUGGCGAGGGAAGUUUGAAAGUGCACAGCUUGCGCUUGAAAAGCGGUCGGCAUUGCGAGAGAGCUCUGGCGCAGGUCAACCGUCACUGAAAGAGGAAUAUGAGCAACUGAAGACUGAGUUCCAGUCUUUCAAGGAAAUGAUGGAGACGACGGUGGAGUCAAAGGAUGAAGAGAUAUCAUGGUUAUUAAAUGAGAACAAAAAGCUCGAGUCCAUCUUGGCGCAGCAACAGGAGCAGCAGCAACAGGUCACAGCAUCGGAUGGUUUUAAGGCCAGUCAGAACAAGUCCAGAGGGAUUGGUUCUGAGGAGGAUGCUGAUCUGACAAAUCUGACGGCAGCAGAGGAGCAGAUUCUGCUCCUGGCGAGGCAGCAAGCUCAGAGGGAUGACGAGGUCUCGCAGUGUCACCGGCAGAUUCAAGCACUUCAGGAGGAGCUUUCGGAGUUGGAGCGUGAGAACAGCCUGAGGAUUCAGCAGGAAACACUGCUUAAGGAGGAGGUGCGAAAUUUGGAGAGAGAGCUAAAACGCGAGGGUGUCGAUAUGACAUAUCUGAAAAAUGUCAUCUUGAAGCUCCUGGAAACUGGUGAGGUUGGGGCCUUGCUACCGGUGAUUGCUGUGUUGUUGCAAUUCACGCCUGAUGAGGUGAGGCAUUGCCAAGAGGUUCAUGCGGCGAAUAACGCUGCGGAGGUUCCACUUGCGCCAGCAGCAGCAGUCGUUGACGCAGCAGCUUCAGCGCCGAGAAGUAUAUUUGACCGGGUCGCUGCGCUUGCAGUCGGAAAGUAAACAGGCAGAGGACAUCGCACGUGGAACGCCCGCUGGGUGACAGUCCCGGCAGAGGACAUUGCAAGUCGAACGUCCAGGUUGCAGCAUAUUUGACCGGCUCGCUGCACUUGCGGUGGGAAAGUAAAUGGGCUUGAGGUUCGACUUCGGCCGGCAGGAGACUUGGUUGCUGCGCUUGCGGCCGGAAUGUAAAUGGGCUCGAGGUUCAACUUCCGCCGCCAGGAGCAGUCGUUCACGCAGCAGCCUCGGCCCCGAGAAGUAUAUUUGACCGGUGCCGUCGGAAAGUAAACGGGCUCGAGGUUCGACUUCCGCCGGCAGGAGACCAGGUUGCUGCGCUUGCCGCCGGAAAGUAAAUGGGCUUGACAUUU